CCAGCACCACUCACAUCCACACACACACAGAGAGAGAUACAAUCACGCUGCUGCUGCUAACAGCGACGCCAACAUCUGGAAGGGGAUAGCAGACAAAUUUUAACCGGCUCACGGUGACGGACAUUUAACGAGAGAUCUGACGCCGAGCCUGACGAUCCACACCAGGUGCCAUGGACCCGGUAAAUGGGGGGAGCCUGUGGGGGGGCGGCUCUCCGGACGCCCUCCUGGGCUCAACGUCGCCCUUCGACCUGUUGGAGCCUCCGCUGGCAAGCGGCUUCCUCAAGCUGUCUCGUCCGUGCUGCUACGUGUUCCCCAGCGGGCGCGGGGACUCGGCGCUCUUCGCCGUAGGCGGUUUCAACCUCCUGGUGGAUGGCGGCUCGGAGGCCCGGUCGUGCUUCUGGAAGCUGGUGAGGCACCUGGACCGUGUCGACGCCACCAUCCUCACGCACACGGGCACCGACAACCUCCCCGGCUUUGCCUCCUUCCUGCGGCGGAAGAUCUCCGAGGCGGUCGCGGAGGAGGGAGGAGGGGGCAGCGACGAUGAGACCGGUCCCAGGUCGCCGCCGUCGUCGUCGUUGCCGGCCUGGUCGCUCCGAAAGUCACCGAAUCUCCUCAUCUCUCCCGAGCUGGGCGUGGUGUUCUACAACGUCCCGGAAAAAAGCAACAACAACAACAACAACGCUGAAUUGGCGGCGGCGGUGGCCACUGCCCGUGACAAGGGGAGCCUCGAGGUGUCCACGGUGAUCCUGGAGAGCUUGGAGAAGCUGCGAGUGGCUCCACAGCCGUUAUUCCGGCUGUCGGCGCCCACCAUUGAGCCGGUGAUCCUCUUCCACAAGUUGGGCGUGGGACACCUAGACAUGUACGUGCUGAGCCCAGUGAGGGAAGGCCGCGAGGGUAACCCACUCGGGCAGAAGCUGCCGUCGAACAGGGCCAAGGGCGGCAACGGCGUGAUGGGGCACAAGGAGAGCGGGGCGGCGGUGCCGGCGGCGGCGGCGGCCCCCUGCGCCACUGGCACAGAGUCUGUGGCGGUGCUGGUGGUGUGGCAUCCCGCAGACCCGACCGAGAGGAUCGUUCGCGUCCUCUUCCCCGGUAACGCGCCACAAGCUAAGGUCCUGGAGAGCCUGGAAAAGCUCAAGCACUUGGAGUUCCUCAAGAUCCCUUUGGCCACGCAGAGAGACGUGACGUCGGGCACGGCCACAGCAAAGAACGCCAGCCCGGGGCAGAAGACAGCCAGCAAGGAGAACGUGAAGUCUUCUUCAUCCCGCUCCUCCUCCAGCAGGAGGAACCUCAACAAGGAGGUGGUGGAGAAGUCAGACGCCAACAAUAGGCAGAGCAAGGGUGGAGAGAAGAUGGACAAGAGGGACCCGUUAGCGAAGAACAAACUGGAUUUGUCUUCCGAGGCGGUGAAGAACAGGGGCUCCGUGAAGAAGGACGGCAAGAAGCCGGAGGUGAAGAGGGAUGCUCAGAAGGUGAGUAAAAACGACAUGAAGCCCGCCGGGAAAAAGGACGAUGAGCGGAGAUCACCAAAGCCAGCGGCGAAGGCCGCGGGACCAUCCUCAGAGGGCAGGAAGGGCUCAGCUAAAGCCAAAUCUCCCAAAAAAGAGGCCGCAGACAUCAAGAAGCCACUCGCGGGAGUUCAUCCCAAGUUGAGGGAGAAGCUGAAAGGGCGGUUUGAUGCAUCAGCGGGCCCCAAGACAUCUCCCACAUCGUCGCCGGAAGACCUGAUGAAGGAGUUUGAUGAGGUGAAGCAGGACAACCUGCAGGCGAUGAUGGCGGUACACAAGGCCCUGGUGUCGGAGAGUCCCAGCGACAUCUUCGUGUCAGAGGAGCAGUACGUGGAGAAGAUCAUCCCGAGCCCCGUGCACGAGGACUACAGCAAGACGCCCGACAGCACCGACGUGGCCGAGUCGCUGCUGUCCCCCGACGAGGGGAUCACCACCACGGACGUAGAGGGCGACCUGGACUCGUCUCCCCAAGAGGACCAGGCCCAAAAGCCCGACAGAGAGAAGAAUGAACGCUGUGCGCCAGAUAAGAACCAGCGGAAUGCGUCUGGAGCCGAAGAGCGCACGGAAGCGGGCGGUGAGAAGCGUUCUGCCGACGGAGAUGGUGCAGUCGCGAGUGGCAUGCAGCAAGAGUCCAACGAAUUUCUCGACAAAGCGGAGACGGAAGCGGUGGAGAAGCAUGCGCCGAAGGCAAUAACAAGCGACGCGGAAACAAGGCAGGGCCACACAUUUGACGCUGCAAACACCGACCCGGAAAAUAUCUCCGUUCACGGUGCCGCCGCGGUGCCGCUUCAUCCGCAUGCAGACACAGGCCCAAAAGGUUCCGCUAGUGAUGCGGCUGCUACGGAGCCGACUCCAAAACCCCAUGGCAGUGCAUCUGCCACGGAGAAGGACGUCGCUAAUGUCACGUCGUCGCAGACAUCUGAAACGUCUGACUUUCCACCGAAGACUUCCUCGUCGCCCUCCCGGGAAUCCCUGGCGCUCCCCGGCCUGGAAAGGGGCCCUCCCAGCGCCGGGGUCCACGACGUGAAGGACGGUGCCGUGGCAGAGGGUGGCACCUUGCGCGCUCCCACGUCCAUUUUGCACCGCACGAAGACCCCGUCGUGCGAGCGGUCCGUGCUCUUCGACCUCACGCCACUGGAGAUCAAGCUGACUCCGGACGAAAGCCCUGCCGACAAGGGACCCCAAGGCUCGGACAAAAGUGGAGAAAGCGACGCUUUGGCCGAUGCCGAUUCCCCAGCGCGCUCCCCUCCAUCCAGCGCCGGGCACACGCCCUACAACCUCUCGCCCGUCGACGAACCCUCCUUCCUGUUUGAGGAGGCGGCAGCAGCCCGGGAGCAGGAGGAGGAGGACGCGGGUUUGGAAGAACCCAAGCUGCGCUCGGUUGAGGUAUCGCCUGGGAGCUGCAGCGUCAAUCAGACCGACGAUCACGAGUCCGUCCCCGCCAGGGGCCUAGGGUCCAGGGAAACAAUCAUGAAUGAAAUUAAGGACAUUGCGAAUAAGGAGGUGAUCCACUUGGCGGAUACCAAAACGUUCGGCUGCGUGCCUCUUCCGGACGAUGAGAAGAAAGAGACAGCCAGGCACUUGGCUAAUGAGGUGCUGCUUUCCCUAGGCAUGCCAGGGAAUGCGAGCGAAGGGCCAUCCAAGGCUGCCGAGGAGGAGCAUCAUCUGCAACAUCAGAGUUACAACAGUGCGGCGGGGACAUCAGAGCCAACUGCCAAGGACAAGCUGAAGACCUCCGCAGUGGACUUGCCCUCCCCAAAGUCCAUGACGCCAACAGAGGACAGCUUCCUGCAGGCGUGCGUCACCGUCUCUACCACGUCGAUCGCCACCAGCUCCUUCCUCAACGAACCCAACGCCCGCACAAUGGACGACGUGUCUCCCUCAUUGCCCGUCGAUGUGGGCUCGCCGCAGUCCACCGAGGUGGAUGAGUCCCUGUCCACCUCCGUGGAGAACCCAUCGGUGGGCCGUGGUGAGGCCUCCAGGCCAAUGUCGGCCUCGCCCGACCAGAUCGUGUCCCCUGGGCGGGCGGACGAGGUGAGCGGGACAAUGGCGAGUGAUCAGAUGACGCAGAAGCAGCACGGAUCUCUGGCUUCGUCCGUAGCGUUCCAAUUGGACAGAUGCGACAACAGUAGCAGCAGCAGCUCCCCAGCCAAAGCAGGUGGUCACCACACAGCUCAAGACAAGAACCAGAGUGCAACUCAGGCUGCUCAGCCAAUAGAUAUCCCCCUUCUUUGCAAAGAGGACCGACAGAAGUGUUUGGAGGCUUCGGCAUCCACGGGUGGCAAUGCCCCUUCUGUGAUGACCUCGGGUCAACUCCAGCAAGGGAUCUGCGAGGCUGCGGCGGCACUGACGACCCCAGGACAGCUGUUCCCCUCCUCCGCCCGGUUAGACGACCCCACCACCGCCGCGUCAUCGUGGGCGACGCAGCCGCAAAGCAACGUGGACAUCGAGACCCCGUCGACGUCGGUCAACAACUCUGUGGCUUCGUCGUCGGACUCGGAAGGGCCUCCGGAACUGAGUCGCGGCUGGGCCGCAGCUGCGAUGGAAGGGAGUCCCUUGGCCUGUGGCCCUGCAGCUGCUGCUGGCGCUGCUUCUGCUGUGGGUCCGGAGGCGACACCAGCGCCCGUCAGCUCACCCACCUCACCGCCAGGGGGAGACCCGUGCUCGGCGUGGUCAGCCGAGCGCAAACUCGACCCCACGCCGCCCCCGCCCGACCCCGCCGUGCGCAUGGUUGACCCCGAGCUCGCCAACUAUGGACCGGCCAUGGAGAAGAUGCGAGGGGGAGCUGCGACGAAGAGAGAUCCCCAGAGCGUGAAGACCCAGAAACAGCCGCGGGUGAAGACGCCGUCACCCGGAGCGAACGCUAAGAACCUCGGGAAGGCCACGACGCCUCCGGGAAGGCCCGGCGUGGGCAAGAAGUCCCCGGGAGAUUUGAAAACGACCACGGGCGUCAAGAAGAAGGGAGGUGGCGCGGGUGGCGCGAGUGGCGGCGCGGCCCCCCCCCUCGCCGCGGUGUACGUGGACCUGGCCUACAUCCCCGCUCACGGAGCGCAGGGGCAGGUGGACGUCGACUUCUUCCGGCGCGUGCGGGCGACGCACUACGUGCUGAGCGGGAACGACGCGGGCGGCGCCGCGAGGGCGCCGGGUCGCGCCACGCUCGACGCGCUGCUGGUCGGCCGGGCCGAGUGGGGGGUCAACCACACGGUGACGCUGAUCCCCACGUACGACACGGCGGCCGUGCGCGGCUGGUACCAGGAGACGCACGAGCGGCAGCGCGAGCUGGGCAUCAUGGUGCUCGCCAGCAGCAGCACCGUGGUCAUGCAGAGCGAGUCCUUCCCCGCCUGCAAGAUCGAGUUCUGAUCACAGCCCCGGCCGCGUUCAUCGCCGCCGCCGCCGCCACCGGGUCCGCGGGAUGGAGGCGGUGGGGAGUUUGUGCUGGCGUCAGCGGCGCCGCCUGGCACCCCGGCGGGUUUUCCCGGCGACGCCCGUAAUCCACGGCUGCCGCUUGCGGCUCAGCGGCGGGCUCGCACGCGUUCCGGCCUCCGUCCCGGAUUAACCGGCGCUGGCUGCGAAGCGCCGCUUGCUCGCCGGUCCCCCGUCGCGCUGGCACGGAGCCGCAGGCGAGCGCCGCGGUGCCCUCUGGCUCGGCGCCAGCGCGUGGCAGGGUGCGUUGCACGGCUGCCCCCGUCGACUGUUGGCCGCGAGACGGCCGGGCUCGUUCGAAGCCGUCCUCCAAACUUUGCACCGUCUGUCGGGCUCGCGGACUCGCUCGCCCCUGCCGGCCCUCCUUUGCACCCCCCACGCCGUGAUCCCAAUCACCGGGGCGCAGCUUACCGGGCGAGCGCAUGGCCUCGAAAGCACAAGCGGGGACGUCGCGGGCGUUCAGGCUGACCGGGCACGCGCACCGGCUCCGCUGGCUCACCGGCAUGUGUCUCUGUGUUGCUACGGUAGCAUGGUCGGGUUUCAUCAUGAGUAGCCGUCACAGUCGUGUCGUCGUCUAAAUUAUAUUGAAGGACGCCACCGAGUGGUUCAGAGGUCAGAAACGUUGAGCCGGUACUUCUGAGUCCUUGGGUUUAACUGUGCAGGUUUCAGCCUCUGAACUACGGUGAUUAAACCAGGUUCCAAAGUGAAGCAGUCUCAGCAUUUGUCGCCACUGACUCACAUACAGACCCAUAGACUCGCAUAGAAUGACCCAUAGACUCACGUAGAGACCCAUAGACUCGCAUAGUGUGACCCGUAGACUCACAUACAGACCCAUAGACUCACAUACAGACCCAUAGACUCGCAUAGAGUGACCCAUAGACUCACGUAGAGACCCAUAGACUCGCAUAGUGUGACCCAUAGACUCACAUACAGACCCAUAGACUCACGUAGAGACCCAUAGACUCACGUAGAGACCCAUAGACUCACGUAGAGACCCAUAGACUCGCAUAGAGUGACCCAUAGACUCACGUAGAGACCCAUAAACUCGCACAAUGGUCCACAUGCUCAAGUAGACCGAAGUUGUGCAAUGACUUAAUGGUCUCAGCCAGGUCACCAAUGACUGCCCAAAGUAAAUAACAACCCAUGACUUCAAACUCAAUUUGGCAAAAUCCCAACUCUUAGAAUUAAAAAUAUGCGGUUGCAAAGCGGGCGGGGAAGGUGCUUCCGCCGUUUGUGGGGUUCAGAGGUCACUCUGCAAGGGAUUUCAGAGGUCGCUCUGCCAGACCGCGAUCUUCAACAGAUUCUGCGUCGCACGACGGCGUUGGCGAUAACUCGGUUAAAAAACAAACGGACGAACAGAAUGCGUGUCACUCGGAGCCGGCGCGAGAGCCGCCGGACGUCGCGCACGGCCACACUAAACGCCGGGCGAAUUCCCCGUCCCGCUGGCUCCCCUGACGCACAAUAGAUUUCUAGAUUUGAAGCUUUCGUGACUGCAAGGAUUGAUAUUAUUUUGGUUUUUUCGGUAAAGUCACGUGGGUAAAAGAUAAAAAAAAUAUAUAUAUUCAGAGCCCCACUUGGCUUCUCCCACCCUCAACCAGUAUAGAAACAAGGACUGUUUUCUUGGAAUUUCUUCUCUUACUUGAUACAGCUAUCGUGCUGUGACGGUUCCACCUGAAGACGGAAGCUUGUGUUGCCUCCGAAACGUCGUGAUUUUUAUUAUUUCAUUUAAAUUUUACUUUUAUUAAUUUAAAUUUUUUAUCUACGUGACUUUACCGAAAAAACCAAAGAAUACCCAAUAGAUUUGUCGCUGGCCAGUGUCGGCGAUUUAAUUUGCGCGUCCACGGCAAGGCCGCCGACCUCGCGGACAAAAAAAUCCGACAUUGCCCUCGGUUGAACCCUCCCGCGCAUCGCGUGAUGAGAGAUAUACAUAGGGGUGGGAAAAUUCGUAGUGAUGGAAGUGACUUGCCACUCGGAGCGAGCGUUGAAUCAUUGGUGCUCAAAUUUCGAUUUGAAGCUUUCGUGACU